AUGAAGGAUUGUGUGGUAAAGAUGAAGAGCAUGGUCCUCCUCACUUUGCUAGGAGUAGUAUCUGGAAGAAGAACUCAGUUGCUUAAGGGCUUACCUGCAAAAAGCACUGUUGAAGAAAAUGCAGCAGCUGGUGUUUCUGUUUACACCUUUAAUGUAGCUGUUUCUCCAUUGUCUUCUGAAAGUGUUGCAGUAAUUCCUACCAUAGUAAAUUCAAAUCCACUUACAGAGGCUUUUGAUAUUAAACCAAAUGGGGGUCUGGAAUACACGGUUGUUACAACAGGAAACCCUAUCCUAGAUUAUGAAACUAUGCCAAAGACCUUUGAUUUACAGAUUUUCGUUGAAGAUAGAAAUGGGACAACUGACCUUAACAUACUGACUGUCCAAGUAACAGAUAAAAAUGAAGACCCUGUGUUUCGAGGAAACAUGGCAACUCAAACUGUCACUAUCUAUGUCUUGGAACGAACCCCUCCAGGAUGCAUUUACCAAACUGAUGCAGCUGACCCUGAAAAUGCUAAACUCAAAUAUUCACUGCUCCCUGCACAAGUGCCGUUCUUGGUCACGGAAAGUGGAGCCAUUUUUUCUACAGAAGAAUUUGAUUAUGAGAAUGGGUCACAUUGGUACUUUUUAAAUAUAACGGUAACAGAUCCAGGUGGACUCAACUCGACUAAGUCAGUGCAAAUAAAUAUAAUUAAUGUCAAUGACGAAAGACCUUACUUUACCACAAAACAAAGAAACUACAGGAUUCCAGAGGAGCUAAGCCCAGGCACGAUUGUUGCCCAUAUAACAGCUAAAGAUCCUGAUGAUGAAGAGUCUCCUGGCAGACUUUUCUUCAGCAUCCCAUAUUCUAACAGAUAUUUCUCCAUAAAUCCAUCAACUGGAAUGUUGCAGGUGACUGAAAGAAUUGACCGAGAUGCUGAUCAGCUGCGGCUCCAUCCUAACAUCUCAUUAAUAAUUCGAGUGGAGGACAGUCCCAGCACUGGUCACCACAGUGAAAUGGAGAUCACAAUCAUUAUCGAUGAUAUCAAUGACAACUCACCUAAAUGCCAUCCUUCUACCUUCAGGGAAGAGGCAAAUGAAAACACAGUUGCUGGGACAUUUCUUUUUCAUCUUAGAGAUUUCUGUCACGAUAUUGAUGUUGAUCCUUCAAACAAUCGAUUUAAUUUCACUGGAUUAUCUGGUUUUGGAAGCAAUAACUUCGCUCUGGAGUCUGCUGUGGCUGGAAGACUUGUGAUGACUGGAAGUAUUGAUUUGGAAAACCCAGUCAAUCUAGGACUUGAAGUUUAUUCUCUGACUGUCAGGGUGCAAGAUAUUGCCCGUCCUGACUAUUCAAAUACCAUCUACAUUUACAUCAGGAUAAAACCAGUGAAUGAAUUUCUUCCAGUCUUCAGUAACUUAUCUUAUGAAUUUAAUGUUCCAGAAAUUACUAAAGUUGGAUCCAGCAUUGGAAGAGUGAAUGCCAUAGAUAAGGACUGGCCACCCAGUGUCAUCACUUAUUCCAUUGUAUCUGGAGGUGAUACCACGGAUUAUACAAAUAUUUUCUGGAUCAGCCCAACCAAAGGAGACUUGAAAAUUUUAGGUCAAUUAGACUAUGAAACAGCAAAGAAACACAUUCUCACAGUACAGGCUUCAGACCAAGAGAAGACUGCAACAGCCUCUGUAACUGUCAAUGUUUUGGAAGUAAAUGAUGAAGAACCAGUUUGUUUGCCAAAUUUCUACUCAUUUCAAGUCCCAGUCACUUUAGCUGUUGGGACCAAUAUUAAUGGCUUCAAGAUUGAAUGUCAAGAUCGCGACUCCGAUCCUAGGUCUUUCCGUUACUUCAUUAACGAAGGCAAUGUGAACAAUCAUUUCACCUUUUCACCAAGUGCUGGCUCCAACAUAUCUUGGCUGAUUCUUGCUUCGAGGUUUGACUAUGAGAGUGGACUUGACACAAAAUGGAUCUACAGGCUACGUGUCUAUAUAACAGAUGACAAUUUGCUCUCUGCCAGGGACAAAACUACACACCUCAUUAAAACUGGAAUGGUGACUUUAAGCAUCAGAGUUAUCCCAAACCCAACUACUGUCACUACCACAACACCUGCCUUCACCAUUGUGACAAAAAGAGAAAACGUCUACUCUGAGUCGGCGUGGUACGUGCCGUUCGUCGUCAGCCUUGGCAGCUUGCUGCUCCUCAGCCUGCUGGGAUACCUGGGGGUCUUGCUCUCGACGUGGGCCCGCACUCGCUGCCCUCUGGCAGGAAAAAUAGACAACGUGCCUCUGUGAGUCCUCCCAAGAAAGAAGAAACCUAAGAAAGAAGUGUUUGUGACGAUGACAAAGCUAAACACUGUCUUUGAUGGAGAAGCGAGAGACCCAGUUACUGGCAAAAUGUAUGAAUUUAAUACACGGUCGGGUGCCCGGAGGUGGAAGAAAAGCAACGAAUCCCUUCAGCCAGCACUGGUCAGGCAGCUAACAGCCAGUGCCAUGGACAACAGUGGCCAAGGGAGAGACAGAGCAGAGGCACCAGGCGUAAAGGAGCCUUCAGAGAAGAAGAAAGAGCUGACCGCAGAAAAAAAAUUCACUGCGAAGCCCUUGGCAGGGCAAGCUGAAACAUCAGGCCAGGAUGGAAUGAGAUUACAAAAGCAGGGAAAAUUAGACAACUCCAAAUCCCCUUUAGAGGACCUUCAGACCCUUAGCAGUAUGUGGCAGCAAGCAGUACCUCACCAUAUCCACAAGGCGGCAGCAGUGAGCGGCCGUCGCACUUCAUUGCGAAUCCCUAGAAACGCCAUAGAGCCUAGACACUGUGGGGACCUGAGCGAGCCAUGA